CCCGCUGACACAUUUACACAUACAGGAAGGAGCAGGAGCUCAACUUAUCGAGGAAAAUGUGGCGCACGAAGAUCAUGGUUGUGGUUUGGUGAAGCAGAAAUGAAAAAUGCGCAGAAAUCCGCACAUUUCCCUUCUGGCUCAAAGUUAAACAACACUGUGGGACAGCAUGUCCUCAUCUACAGCCACCUUUCCGAUUUUACUUCUGACAGUCUUCUUCUUCAGUGUUUCAGGGGUCCAGAAGCUGACCGUCACCCCUGACAGAGGCACAACCUUCAACAUCGGCAGCACUCAGGUCAAGGGGUGUCAGGUUUGCACCGGGCCAGGAAAAUGUUCCACAUCCCUGAUGCUGAGAGGCAACAGUCUUGUCUCGUUGGAGUUUAAAUGCUCCAGACCUCAGGAUGUGUUCAGUGUGGAAAUUGUGCAAAAUAUCGAGUGUACCACGAGGUCCUGCAGUGGCAACAUCAUCCAGGCCGACUACGGCUCCCUCCCUUUGCUGGGUUUUAACCGCAAGUUUACCUGGAACCUGAAGUCCCCUUCUUUCAAAGCCUUCAAAAUAGAUUUCAACGACGCUGGUCUUAGACAGAUUAACUCCUCUGACAGAUGUUUAGACAAACACAGCUACACCCUGCAGGCCUACCAGACCACAGGAAACGUGACUGUUGGGAAAUACUGCAGAACGGGACCCAUCCACAGUGCUCAGAUACUGAAUGAGGGCAGCUUUUCUCUGGAAGUCCCUGCAGGCCAGAAGCUGCAAAGCGGCCACUUCGAUGUCUCUGUUGGGGAGGAGAUCAAAUCAUUUGCCAAAAUGACAGUGAUGUUACCAAAAGGGACCUCGACUGCAGAGCUGCUCCCACCAAACUACCCGGACAGCUUCCCCGACGACGACUUGAUGGAGUGGUACUUUCAGGUCCCAGACAAACACAAGGCGUCUGUGCAGUUCUUAAAUCUGGUGCAGCCGCGUUGUCUGAAGAAGGAGGCAGCCGUGGAGUACCACAGCAGAGGCAGAGCGGCGUUGGUGAUGAGUCUGUCGGAACCCCAGCCGGAACAAAAUCAGGGAGACUUCUCCCUAACGCUGAGGAACUGUGAGAUGGACCGAAGACGAGCCGGUUCUCCUGGACUAAUUCUGAACCUCAGGGUGUCUUCAUCAAGUAAAAGUUCACUAGUCUCGUGUAAAGUUGAUGUGCGCAGAAUGGAGGGCCUUAUUCUUCACAUUGAGAAGUUGAGACCGACCUCUGACUGCAAGAUGAAAUUCAACUCUGUCCUGAAGGAGAAGAUCACCAUCACAUCCAACAGCGACCUGUCUUUCCAGGACUGCCUGCCUGAAGAUGUCAAAGUCUCCGCCACUAGAGUCAUAGAGUGUAGCAAACUUGAAGACUGCCCAAAGACUCCAGUCCGUCUGCCCUGCUCCCCUACGAUGCCCUCCUGUCUCCCCGCUCCUCUGAGCCGUGUGACCUGGACUCUCCGUCCUCCUAAGCACGGCACAGUGGAGCUGACCUCUCCUACUGGACCCCUCAGACAGUCCCUACCUGGACAGCCGUGCAAUAGCAGCUUCAUUAUCGAGGCCGUUGAGGACGAUGGCAGCAUCAUAGGACAUUUCUGCCCUCAGGGAACUAUCCAGAAGAUCCAAAUCCACACCAAUGUGACGGUCACUGUGUCCAUAUUUGAAAAAAAAGCCACAAAGACGUCUUUAAAGCAUGUGCUGGAGGCAAGAUUGAAAGAGGAAAUAUUAGAAAGAUACAUAUUCACAGUGUCUCCAAAAAGAGACGCUCCUGUCCUGUUGGCUUCUCCUGGUUGGCCAGUAGGAAUGAAGUCUGACUCCACCGUCUCCUGGAUCGUCUCUGUUCCCCCGAAGAUGGAGGCUCACCUGAUGUUUGCCAACCUUAGCCAGCCCAAGUGCGAGAAAGGCCACACUAACAUCCGUGUGCAGAGAGUCGGCCGCAAGGAGGAGGAGUACAGCCGCAUAGAGUACGAGGAGGCCGAGGAAGAGAUCACAGUCUCACAGAGUUUUUACCUCAACAUGUCCAACUGCAAGCCCGAAUAUGGACAUUUCAGUGUCAUCACCAUGAUCACCCUGCAGAAGAGCCAGAACCUUCUUCUGGCUAUCAUCCUGAGUGUGGUGGCUGCUCUGUUGGUCAUUUUCGUUAUCGUGCUUGUCGUGGUCUGUCUGGUGGUAAGGAAGAAGAAGAAGAGGCUGAAUGAGCAAGUGUCCAUUUAUAAUCCAAAUGGCACCAGCAUCCUGCCAGGUAACAAUGGCUUCCCAAAAACUCGGGAAGACAACGAGUCUCAUGUGUACGACACCAUCGAGGACACGCUGGUCUACACACACCUGCUGAGGAAAGGAAGAGAGAUCGGUGUCUACGGAGAGUUUGACACAUACCGGCCCUUCACAGGACACACGGACUCGCAAAAGCCACUGGUGGAGGACGCGCAAGUGGGGACCUACCAGCCGGGUUCGUUCCCAUCUCAACAGGCUCCUCCCCUUCCUGUCAGGCCGCCGAGCCAUGUUAGCCCCAUGGUGGACAAUGAGAUUUACCAGACUGAGGCGCAAAGUGAGGAGGAGCGCUCUCCCAAUCUGGGGCCCCGGCUGGAGCCAGAGGGAGGAAACUGAGGAAAAGAUUGGAUUCAGCGUUCUGCUUUCCAUUUGACCUCCAUGAACUUUGAAAUUUUCAUUCCCUGGCUUGUGUGUGAUUACCUGAUGUUCAGCCCUGUCAGAACUCUUUGUUGUUCCUCUAGAGCAUUGUUUUGCACCAAAGCUGGGCACACAAAAUGACCCUGUUCAAACCUGCCUGCAGCUGUUACUGUUGAGUUAUCCCAGAUGAAUGCACACUGCUUUUUUUUUCAAAGCAGAACAAAAUCUUUUGUUUUUUACUACAAUUUUGCAAUUAAAAAGUUUUAGACAAUGAUCUUCUUUUUAAUGUGAGCUAUUUUGUACAUAUUAUAACUUGCUUAUACAGGACCACAUGUGUAUGCUGUUUACAUGCUGACUGUUAUAUUUUUAUUUCUGAACUGGUGAAUUGAGACACUGCUGCUGUUGUAAUACACCACAUUUUUUAAAGCAUCAUAGAACUUUGAUGGCUUAUAUUGCAACAUGAGUAUGUGUGCAUCAUGGCUCUAUUCUCUUCAUUAUUCAUCUCUGCGUUUACCUGCUCUGUAGUUUUCUAGAUCCAGCAUCAUCACACCAUAAAUGUGCCUAACAGAGGUGUCAAUACACUCCUACUUCAAUAUAUAAAGAGUUUUUUUUCUGCUUGUUUAGGUCUACAGGUGAACCUGUUUAACAACAACAUAUUUAAUUGUAUUGCUUAGUAGUAUGGACCCACACUUUUAUAAUUCCCAAGACUGACCUGCUGCUUGCAAUGUCAUGUUUCUCUGAUCAUAAAAAUAUGUCCAAGUUCUUCAUUUGUGCUUCCCAAAGAAUGAGAGACGCACUAGUCAGAGGCCAUAUUUGAAUAUUUGUUUUGAAAUCUAUUUCAACCUGUGAGCAAAAAGUGACUUAAUCCAAUGAAAUGUAUUUGAUUUGUUUGAUGUUUUUAUUAAUUACAGGGAAUAUCUAAAGAGCAACAUGUUAGCUCCAAGUUACAAUGUUUGUAAAUGUUUUCAGUUUGUAAAUUAAGUUGGAUAGAUGUAAUACUAUAGCACGUUAAAUUGUUUAAUUUAA